UUUUCUAUAUGGUCAAGUUCACAAAAACUAAAUAACUAUCCGCAAAAAAUGUCUACAACAAUUUUAUUCCGUAAAAUAACAACAUAACAAAUCGGAAUCCUUUUAAAUUCCUCAAGCGGGUCGAAGUGUUGAAAAACAAGACAAACCGAAAUGAAGCUUGAGCUUUGCAACUUCAGCGGUUACAAAAUAUACCCUGGCCAUGGAAAGCGAUAUGUUAGAUCAGAUGGCAAGCUUUUCAAUUUCCUAAGUAAAAAAAGUGAACGCUCUUUUCAUAUGAGAAGAAAUCCACGUAAAAUUUCAUGGACAGUAUUAUACAGAAAAAAACAUAAAAAGGGAACUCAAGAGGAGCUUUCAAAAAAAAGAACCAGACGUACUGUAAAGUUCCAAAGAGCCAUCCAAGGAGCAUCACUAGAAGCAAUUCUUGCUAAAAGAAACAUGAAACCUGAAUUAAGAGAAGCUCAAAGAAAUCAAGCAAUAAAAGUCGCAAAAGAAAAGGCUAAAGCUAAAAAAUCAGAAAAGAAAGCAGCUAAGAAAGCUGCUCCAGUUGCUAAGAAACCAAAGGAGAAAGUUGCUAAGACUGUACCUAAAGGUGGACCCGGUCGUGUUGGCGGAAAAAGAUAAUCUGUUUUCCUGUUUAAUAAAUUAUACAAAGCA